AUGGAGUCCCAAAAUAACGAACUUCAUCAACCUUUCGUACAACCCAUUCAAGACUGUACUGCCGGCGGACAUGGCGGCAGUGCUGAGCUGGAGAGGGUGCUUUCCGACACAGAGACACCAUUAAUGAACCGGCUUUUGGUGGCAUCCAGGAUUGAACUUAAUCUUCUGUACAAGCUGGCUGCACCGGCGGUGAUGGUUUACCUGAUCAACAACGCCAUGUCUAUGUCCACCAGAAUCUUUUCCGGCCAGCUUGGCAAUCUAGAGCUCGCUGCAGCCUCCCUUGGUAACCAGGGGAUUCAACUCUUUGCCUAUGGUCUCAUGCUGGGAAUGGGCAGUGCAGUGGAGACGCUAUGUGGUCAAGCUUUUGGGGCACGAAAAUAUGAUAUGCUUGGAGUAUACCUUCAACGAUCCGUGAUCGUUCUUACAAUCACAGGAAUCCCGAUCACUCUGGUUUACGUGUUUUCUAAACCAAUCUUGCUUUUACUUGGUCAAUCGCCAUCAAUGGCGUCAGCAGCCACCCUAUUCGUCUAUGGUCUCAUUCCUCAAGUAUUCGCAUACGCCAUCAAUUUUCCUAUACAGAAAUUUCUUCAAGCUCAAAGUAUUGUGACGCCAAGUGCAUAUAUUUCAGCUGGAGCCCUAGUUGUGCACCUGAUUCUUUCUUGGGUCAUGGUGUACCAGUUGGGGUUGGGCUUGAUUGGCGCUUCGUUGACUCUAAGCUUGUCAUGGUGGAUCAUAGUGUUUGCACAGUUGGUUUACAUCUUGACUAGCGAUAGAUGUAAGGAGACGUGGAAUGGGUUCAGUUCUAAUGCUUUCUUUGGGUUAUGGGAGUUUGUAAAACUGUCAAGUGGGUCUGCUGUGAUGUUGUGUUUGGAGACAUGGUAUUAUCAAAUACUAGUGUUAAUUGCAGGGUUGCUUGAGGAUCCCCAGUUAGCAUUAGACGCACUUUCCGUUUGCAUGGGGGUCAGUGCACUGCUUUUUAUGGUCUCAGUUGGGUUCAAUGCAGCUGCUAGUGUGAGGGUUGGCAACGAGCUUGGAGCAGGAAAUCCAAAAUCCGCAGCCUUUUCAGUUGUAACGGUGACCAUGGUCUCAUUUCUUGUAUCCGUAGUCGAAGCGAUGAUUGUUUUGUCAACGCGACAUGUUAUUAGCUAUGGGUUUACUAGUGGUGAAACCGUUGCAAAUGCAGUGUCAGAUCUUUGUCCAUUAUUGGCCAUCACUAUCAUUCUCAAUGGCAUUCAACCAGUAUUAUCAGGAGUGGCUGUUGGGUGUGGAUGGCAAGCAUUUGUGGCGUAUGUGAAUGUCGGAUGUUAUUAUGCUGUGGGCAUUCCACUUGGAUGUGUUAUGGGCUUCUAUUUUAACCUCGGAGUCAAGGGAAUAUGGUCAGGGAUGAUCGGAGGAACUGCAAUGCAAACCGUUAUUUUACUUUGGUCAACGUUUCGUACAGACUGGAAUAAAGAGGUGGAAAAAGCUAGCAAACGUUUGGAUAAGUGGGAAGCAAACAAAGAAACUCUUUUGAAGAAAUGAGGAAGAAGUCAUCAAAGUCAAUCUGUUUUCCAGUACUUAGUCAUAAGUCCUAAUCGUUCAUACCCCAUAUCAUUUGCCGAAUUAGCACAAUAUGAUAAAAAAAAUUGCAAAAAUAUCCUUAAACAUGCAGGAAAACCAUAAACAAAGCUUGAG